AUGAUCUAUGUUCAGCGGAUAACAGACAUGAGAAUGUCGGGAUCUUCCCUCAAGAGCCUCCGGAUAUUUGAGAAGAUCUGCGGCGAGCGAAACUUUCAGGACGUUGUGAUUGUUACAACGAUGUGGAACUCGCUGAAGACGAAGGAAGCGCAUGAUGCCGCAAGGAUGCGUGAAGACAUGAUGGGGGAAAGACCUGAGUUCUUUGGAAAUAUGAUAAGAGGUGGAGCUAGGAUGGAGCAAUACCAAGGCGAUACCUACAGCGGCAUCCGGAUUGUCGAAUCAUUAGCAGAUAGAUGGAGAAAGGUCAGUCUGCAAUUGCAGCGCGAGAUGCGACGAGGCGUGGCUACGAAACUCGAAGACACAACAGCAGGAAGAUACAUCGACGGUGAACUUGCCAAUGCACGCGAGAAGUACGAGACGCAAAAGCGGGAGCUAGAGGAGUGUGCAGAGGAGGCUGAGGAUGAUGAUGACCUAAGAAGCGAAUUCGUUGAGCAAGCUGAAGACUGUAUACGUCACGUCAACAGCAUUAUAACUGAUCAAAGGAGUCUUUCCGUCACACUCGAAGACAUGCGGAAUGAGCAGGUAGCCGGGUGUAGCAUCGGCCGGAACGACCCGCCAGAGGAUAUAGUGCAUGGAAACAACUCCGCGCGCAUUUUCGAGCUUGAGCAUGAGGUUCAAGGGCUGAAAAGAGUAAUAGAAGAGCAGCGUGUAGAAGGUCUCCUUGCCCAACAUGGAGGUCUGGAAAGGAUCGAAGCGGUUAGGCAAGAGAUAGCAGAGGCCAAGGAACGAGAUCAAGUUGUGCGCGAGAAAACGAAGGAAAGGCGGCCAAAGGAGGUCAUUAUGUGGAUGCGAGAUUUCUUCGCCCUAAGACCCGCUGGAGAUAUCAUACCACCACCACGUCGAGCCGACUCCAUGCCCAUAGAGACAAUGAUCUCUAAGAAGACUGGUACAAGGGCUUGGAAGCGAAGUCGAUCAAAAAGUCGUCGACCAGGUAUCAAGCGCACAUCCUCGGAUGAUCAUCCAAAACAGCCUCACACUACUCCGCAGUACCUCCAGGAUCAACAGACCGACGAGCCUGGCUAUCUUGAUGAAUCAGAGAGCGAGUCUGACAGCGAUAUGGAGGACCCAGCGCCUCCGAUGUACACGCCGCAUCAUCCCCAUUCGUAUACACCUGCGGCCCCAUAUGUACAUGACAACGGCACGAAGGUCUACCUGGUCGAUACCCCUGGCUUCGAUGACACCUAUCGGUCCGACUCCGAAAUCCUGCGCGAAGUCGCGCUCUGGCUGAACAAGGCGCACACGGAGAAAUUGCGACUAGCUGGAAUCAUCUUCCUCCAACGGAUCUCAGAUGUGCGAGUAGGCGGUAGCGGAAUUAAGAACAUAAAAAUGUUCCAAAAGCUGUGUGGUGACGGCCCGCUGUCAAGCGUGGUGUUAGCGACAACAAUGUGGGACAUGGCCUCACCAAAUGCAGCAAUCGAACGCGAAAGAGAACUACAAGAACAACCACAGCUAUGGAAACGAAUGAUAGACCACGGAAGCUGCGUAUUCCGUCACGACAAAGGAAAGUCGUCAGCGCUGAAGAUCAUCAAAUACCUGAUGAAGCGCAAAAAGCCCGUAACACUCGACAUACAGCGCGAAAUGGUCGACCAAAACCUCGAACUAGUCGACACAGGCGCCGGAGGCGCCCUAGCAUCAUCCGUAGAGACGCUCAUCAAACACUACGAAAAGAAGCUAAAAGAGCUGGAACAAGACCUCAAAGAGGCCCGCGACCAAAGCAACAAAGAAGACCGUGAGAUUUUGGAAGCAUCGCGGAAACAAUAUCAAGACAAUAUCGCAAAGCAACAGCAGGAGAUGCAGAAUUUACAGGUUAGUGCGGCGCAGCUGAUAGAGGAUGCUAAGAAGCGGUUUGAAGAGAGCGAGGUGUCGGCAAGGGAGAAUAUGCUAAGGGCUCAGGCGAAUCAUGCGGCGGAGCUGGAGAAGCAGAGGGUGGUGUUGCAGAGACAGUUUAAGGAGAAGUAUCUGCAGAUGAUGCAUGAGCGGGCGUGUAAUGUGAUGUAG